AUGGCCGCCGGCAGCGUGACGUGGAGGCCGCUGCCGCUGCAGUCGGCCUCUCUCCCCGUCCUGCUCGUCUCGGCCGAGAUGGGGCCGGCCUCAUACACCAUCCGCCUCACCGACAUGGCAAACUUGUGGACCGAGACCCUGGAGCGAAAGGACAUUUGCAUGCGCGGGUGGAGCGAAAACACUAGCAUCGACCCGAGCGACACGCCCGAGAACAUGGCCAAGUUCCUCGCCAGCCUCCAGUCCGCCUUGGACGCGUCCCAGCCGGGCCAUGAGAACACCAGCCUCAGCCUCUCACCGGCCAAAGAUGACCCGACCAGUGAUACCCUCACACUCAAGCUCACAUGUGAUCUGCCUGGCUUCAAACCGCUCAAGUGGCCCGUCCAUCUCCAAAAGUCACCAUGCUCCAGCCUUGCCACAGAUCUCGUGCUACCCCUGGUACAAGCCCACUACUCCAGGAAGCGCGAGGUGGAGUCCCUGAUCCAGGCCCUCGCCCAAAAGGACGCCGUGCUCAACAGGCUGUUGGACAAGCUGGACGCCAUGGGCACGGGGCUAGAGCAUGUGUUCACGGCCCUGUCGGGGCGCAAAAAAGUCACCAGGGCCGCCGCGGAGGACAAGGUCAAAGGCUUGGCUCCUUUCAACGAACCCCGGUGGAAGGCAGCUCUGGACGAUGAUGCGGACGGGCCGGGCAACGCUACGGAGCUAGUGGAAAGUGUGUUCGACGGAUCUGGUCUUCAGUACAAGUCCACCAUGGACGUUGACAAGUCUCCAGAACUGGACAGCUGGUGGCAUCACUUCAAGGGAACGUCGCAGCUUGCACAUCGACAGCAAGGAAGUGGUGCGCCGUCGCUGCCACCGCCACCUACUACCACGCGGUCUCCCUCACGCCACUCCUCCAACGCAGCCGGAGGCGACGACGAUGACGACUUUCAGGUCCAAGCCACGCCUCCCCGUCUUCGCACAAGCGGCAACACCAAAGCGGCUUCUACUGCCCAGGUUGAUGACGACGCGUCCACCGAGAGUGACGAUGAAAAGGACACCGCCGCCGUCCCCGAGAGCAAGCCCCCUGCUACGGGGACGAGAUCGUCGCAGCACUCUGAGGGCAAGAAACCUCCGUCGCGACUGGGCGCCAUCGGCGGCAAGGCUCAGAAGAAGCCGUCACACUCUCCUCAGCCCGAGCCGGCCGUGGAAGAUGUGCCUCAGGAUAUCCGCCCCGCGACCGAUGACUCGGAGACUGCAUCGGAAGCGGAAGAUGACGAUGCUGAACAGCCACAUCCUCCAAGCCCCCCACGGCCAGCGGCGGCCAGUGGAGCCAGGAAGGGUCGCCUCGGCAAGAUUGGCGGAGGAGCACCGAAAGCUCAUGCUACAGAAAGGGUGCAGACUCCACCGCCAACUACAGACGAGAAGAAAGCAGCCAAGACUCCGACACCAAAGAAGACUGGCGGUCUCGGUAGGAUUGGCGGAGGGACCUCGGCCCAGGACGACGGCAUCCGCGGUAGAGACUCGACGAGUAAGCAGCAAGAGCCGCAAGAACAGCGCCGGGAGACAUCACAAGAGCGGGCCGACCGCCGCCGCGAGGAGCUCAAGCGAGAACUGGAGCGCAAGGCCGCUGCUGGCCCAGCGAAGAAGAAGAGGCGUUUCUAA